ACCAUGUCCUACCCAAACCACUCCAGUCCCUCAUCCUUCAUCCUAACAGGCAUCCCCGGGUUGGAGGCUGCUCACUUCUGGAUCGCCUUCCCAUUCUGCAUCAUGUACAUCAUGGCAGUGCUGGGGAACUUCACAGUCCUCAUGGUGAUUAGGGCAGACUCAAGCCUCCAUCAGCCCUUGUUUUACUUUUUCUCCAUGCUGGCUGCCAUUGACCUGGUGCUUGUUACUUCCACCAUGCCCAAGCUCCUGAGCAUCUUCUGGUUCCAAAACCAUGAGAUCAUCUUUGAGGGCUGUGUGGUUCAGAUGUUCUUCAUCCACGGCUUCUCUGCAGUGGAGUCAGGGGUCCUGCUUGCCAUGGCCUUCGACCGUUACUUGGCCAUCUGCAAGCCCCUGCACUACUCUGCCAUCCUGACUGGUCCCACCAUUGCCAAGCUGGGCUUGGCCGCUGCAGUGCGUGGCAUUGGACUCAUGACCCCUCUGACAUGUAUGGUGAGCAGCCUGUUCUACUGUGGCACUCAUGUCAUUCCCCACUCCUACUGCGAGCACAUGUCAGUAGUGAAGCUGGCCUGUGGGGACAUCCGGCCCAACAGCAUCUAUGGGAUCACAUCUGCCAUCUUCAUAGUCGGCUUAGACACCACCCUCAUUGCCAUCUCCUAUGCGCUGAUCCUGAGGGCGGUUUUAGGCCUCUCCUCCAGAGAGGCUCACCUGAAGUCCUUCUUCACCUGUGGUUCCCACAUUGGAGUCAUUCUGCUCUUCUACGUGCCUGGGUUCUUCUCCUUCUGUGUUCAGCGUUGGGGCCAGAGCAUCCCUGUACACCUCCACAUCCUGAUGGCUGACCUCUACCUGCUGGUGCCUCCCAUGCUCAACCCACUCAUCUAUGGGAUGAGGACCAAGGUGAUCCGGGAGCAGGUGCUGAGCUUGUUCUGGCAGAAGGAGAUCCAGCCUGUGUCCUGA